AGUGGUGGCAGGGAGCCAGGUAAAGCCUGAGCUUGCCCUUAUCUGCUUAUCUCCUCAAACCUGAAGCCUGAGCCUGCCUUUGUGGCUUAUCUCCUCACCCCUUGUUUAUCUCCUUGCAUGUCCUCCAGCACCCUUCAGGGGAUCUCUUCAAAGGAUCUUACCCCAACACCCUGGUUGAGAAGCACUGAUUUAGGGAGAUCAAAGCUGUUGUAGGCCCUAAUGACACAGGAGGUGUGUAGAGAGCUACAAAGCAUAACCCAGUGUAGCGGUGGGGAUGGCAGACUCUUUGUUUAUGCCUUAAGUGAUAUUGGACAGUGUGGGAAGUAUUCAGUAAAAUUGUCAGUUUCCUGGCUUUGCAUCUGAUCUAAAAUAUGACACUUUAACUAAAAUAGUGCCCCCUUUUUUUUUCCAAGUAAGGAUGUAAUGCAGCCUAGGGAUCAGUAACAUUUGCCUAGAGGCCCAGUAUCUAAACAAUAUGUUACAUCGUGACUCUGUUUUGACCUCAAAAAUUUGUCCUGAAGGGGGAUAGCUGCAUAACCUUUAUGUUAUGUUUUGGAAUGCUAGGAUUGUGUAAAGCACUUACGCACAUGCUUAAUUAUAAUGACACAAGUCAUCCUGCUGAUUUUAAUGAGUCAGUGUCUGUUACUUUUUCCUCUGAGCAGUUUCUCCUUUCUUCUUGGAAGUUUCUUCUCACUUUUGUUCCAUAGUUUCUCUCCAUACACUCUUUAUUAAAUCUUUUUGAUCUGCAUUUCUGUUUUUCUUUUCUUGAAAGAUUUGUUUAGGAUUUUCCAAGUAAAAGAUUGAUUGGCAGUGAAGUGAUCCAAGCAUAGCACAAGAAGACAGUAGGAACAUUUCAUCUGGCUCAGAAGCUACUGGGGCCCAAUCUGAAUACUGGACUGGUGGAGCUUUGGGAAGUGAGCCAUCUAUGGGCAGCAUGAUGCAACUUCAGCAGUCUUUCAGAGGGCCUGAGUUUGCUCACAGUUCUAUAGAUGUGGAAGGACCAUUUGCAAACAUAAACAGAGAUGACUGGGAUGCUGCUGUUGCCAGUUUAUUGCAGGUCACACCACUGUUUUCCCACUCUCUCUGGAGUAACACAGUAAGGUGUUAUAUCAUUAGUACAGAUGAGACCCGACCAGAGGUGGAUAUCUUCAUUAGGAACUACUCACCAAAACUUCAAAGAAUCUGUGAAACAAAGGGGUACUUCUUUCAAGUGGUUCAUUUUCCAUCAGAAAAUCAGAGUCAAUUCAAGGAUGUGAGAAAAUGGGAAAUUGAAAAAAGUUUCUUAGUCAUUUUGCUCAUGAAGUCAACUUUGCCAAGCUGUUUGCUGGACGACUGUGAAGAAGCCUUCUUGAAAAAUCCUGAAGGAAAACCCCGUUUGAUUUACCGCAGAAUAGAAGAAGGCACAGUCGGCUCGGAUUCUGUGCAGCAGUUAAUCGAGCAAGUUUGUUACGUGAACAAAGCAAAGAUCGUUGAUCACAUGGGAGAAGUAGACGAAGGAGCGUAUGAAAUCGCUAACUGUGUAGAAAAGAUCAUUAAGCAGGAUAUACUGGGCUAUGAAAACACAGAACUGGAAGGGAAGGAUUUGGGGAAUAAAGAGGAGUCCACUGCUCCUGAAGAAGAUGAUUUUGGUGAUGUACUUUGGGAUGCACAUGAUGAACAAGAACAGAUGGAAGCUUUCCAGCAGGCUUCUAGUUCAACUUGUGAGCUUGGAUUUGAGAAAUAUUAUGAACGUCUGAAUGAUCUAGUGGCAGCACCAGCACCUAUUCCACCUCUCCUUGUGUCAGGAGGACCAGGCUCUGGGAAAUCUCUCCUUCUAUCAAAAUGGAUUCAGUUACAGCAGAAGCAUUCGCCAAACACUCUAAUUCUUUAUCACUUUGUUGGGAGGCCCAUGUCUACCAGUUCAGAAUCGGCACUGAUAAUUAAACGGCUUACUCUAAAGCUGAUGCAGCAUUCUUGGUUAGUAUCACCUUUAACAUUGGAUCCCUCAAAACUCUUGGAAGAGUUUCCUCGUUGGCUGGAAAAACUUUCUGCUCGUCACCAAGGCAGUAUUAUCAUAAUUAUUGAUUCUGUUGAUCAGAUACAGCAAGCUGAAAAGCAUAUGAAAUGGCUGAUAGAUCCCCUACCAGUGAACGUCAGAGUAAUUGUAUCUGUGAACGUAGAAACUUGUCCACAGGCAUGGAGGUUGUGGCCAACUCUUCAUCUUGAUCCAUUGAAUUCUAAAGAUGUGAAAUCUCUUAUUAAUGCAGAGUGCAGCUCUGCAAACAUUAAAUUAACUAAAGAGCAGGAGAAGAAGCUUGAGAGACAUUGUCGUUCUGCUACAACUUGCAAUGCUUUGUAUGUCACACUUUUGGGUAAAAUGAUUGCUUGUGCUGGAAGUGAAGGAAAUAUUGAUGAAACCCUUCAACAGUGUUUCCAGUGUCAAGAUACAGUGUCCCUGUAUAGGCUUGUUCUGCGAUCAGUUCAGGAGUCUCUGCCAAAUGAUAUGGACAAAGACCUUAUGAGAGAGGUUCUCUGUCUCAUCACUGUCAGCCACAAUGGAGUGAGCGAAUCAGAAGUGAUGGAACUUUAUCCUGAACUGUCCUCUGCAUUGCUAGCCUCCUUAGUUCACAGUCUGCACAAGAUGUGCUUGCUGACAUAUGGUUGUGGUUUGCUAAAGUUUCGGCACCUCCAGGCUUGGGAAAUGGUGAGAUUAGAAUACAUGGAAGAAGGUCAAAAUAUUUCUUCAUAUAGACAAAAGCUGAUAGACUACUUUGCAAUGCAGCUAAGCCAAGACCGAGUGACUUGGAGAAGUGCAGAUGAACUUCCCUGGCUUUUCCAACUUCAAGGUGACAAGCAGAAGCUACACAAAUGUUUGCUGAAUCUCUUUGUAUCCCAAAACCUUUACAAAAGGGGGCAUUUUGCAGAAUUGCUGAGUUACUGGCAACUUGUUGGGAAAGAUAAGAGCUCCAUGGCAGCAGAAUAUUUUAACUCUCUAAAGGAAUAUGAAAAAAGCUGUGAGGGAGAGAAAAGUAUGCUCUGUCUGGCUGAUCUUUAUGAGACUCUAGGCCGGUUUCUUAAGGACCUAGGCCUUCUCAGUCAGGCUGUUGCACCCCUUCAGCGUUCUCUGGAGAUCCGAGAGACUGCGCUGGAUCCAGAUCACCCAAGAGUAGCCCAGUCCCUUCAUCAGUUAGCAGGAGUUUACAUGCAGUGGAAGAAGUUUGGAAAUGCUGAGCCAUUAUAUAAACAGGCUCUGGAAAUCUCUGAAAAUGCUUAUGGAGCUGAACACCCCAGAGUUGCUCGUGAACUUGAUGCACUUGCAACGCUGUACCAAAAACAAAACAAAUAUGAGCAAGCUGAACAGCUGAGGAAGAAAUCCUUUAAAAUACGACAAAAAGCAGCAAGGCGGAAAGGCAGUUCGUGUGGAUUUGCUCUUCUUCGUCAACGAGCCCUUCAGUUGGAAGAGCUUACCUUAGGCAAAGACACACCGGAUAAUGCACGAACCCUCAACGAGCUCGGAGUUCUCUACUAUCUGCAGAAUAACCUGGAGACAGCAGAACUUUUUCUGAAGCGCUCCCUGGAGAUGAGAGAACGGGUGUUAGGACCAGACCACCCAGACUGUGCACAAUCCUUAAACAAUCUGGCAGCUCUGUACAAUGAGAAGAAACACUAUGAUAAAGCUGAGGAACUCUAUGAAAGGGCUUUAGACAUUAGGAGGAGAGCACUAGCCCCUGAUCAUCCCUCCCUGGCUUACACUGUGAAACACCUUGCGGUACUCUAUAAAAAGAUGGGAAAACUUGACAAGGCUGUACCUCUAUACGAGUUGACUGUUGAAAUCCGGCAGAAGUCAUUUGGUCCAAAGCACCCUAGUGUAGCUACUGCCUUGGUAAACCUAGCUGUCCUUUAUUGUCAGAUGAAAAAGCGAACUGAAGCCUUACCUCUGUAUGAGCGUGCGUUAAAGAUUUAUGAAGACAGCUUCGGUCGUAUGCAUCCUCGUGUGGGAGAAACGCUAAAAAACUUAGCUGUGCUAAGUUAUGAAGGUGGAGAUUUUGAGAAAGCAGCUGAACUGUACAAGAGAGCCAUGGAAAUAAAAGAAGCAGAGACUUCGUUGAUAGGAGGAAAAACUCCAUCCCGACACUCAUCCAGUGGAGACGCAUUCAGUUUAAAAAGUGCAUUAUCACCAAAUGUUUUCCUAGAACACGGACAGGGGUGAUGCAAAAAGGCACAAAAAGGAACUGAAUACUAAGAGACAACCUCUAAAUAAUGAGGGAAUCAAAAUUAGUUUAAGCAGCCUUUGGAGAUGAAGGUGUUGUUUGGUAAGAACUAUCAUGCUGACUGAUAUGAACAAAAGGUUUAAUUGAAGUUAUCUUCAUUCAUGCUAUUUUUGUGGACCAUUCUAUAUGGAGUUGGUAUCUUCUGUUACAUAUAUGCCAUUUGUGUUGCUUGUUGUUAGAUUAAGUGUCUGCAUAUCCCCAAACUAAAAAAUUAGGCAGUAUAGGCAGAUCCAGGGCACACACCAGAGGCCCAAACUGUGUCCUGAUACCCAACACUUUGCUCAGGGUGAUAUUCAGGGCUGGUCCAAAUCACUCUGAUGCUCUCCAGAGCCAUCUUUAUUACUUAAUUUGUGGGUUUGGGCAUGAAUAGGGUUUAUUUCUCUGUUGUGGUCCUGGGGUCACUUGGGUGACUGUGUAGACAUAGCUUUAGGCUUAGACAGUAGCUACAUCCCUAGUGGCAGAAAUGCUCAUCUCCAGCUAGAAAUGGGGACCAUGCAGGCAGUUUUGCAGUUUCACCUGCAGGUAACAGGCUCUAUCUGGUAGAAAGAGCUUCUUUCAGUAAGGAAAUUCUUGCCUAUGCAAGAGUUUCUGGUGCAGGAAUGAGUGCCUGUAUGCUUUGGCUGUUCCACUCCUGGAGACUGAGAGCGGAGCCAGGGAGAGGUUCCCUAUGUGUUCCCCAAGCCUGGCUGAACCCAGUCUGGGGAGCAGCUGCUGCUCCACUCCUCUCAGGGACGUGGAGGAGGGGAGUGGCAGGGAAAAGCUCCCUGCCCCUUCCUGAGCUUGAUGUCACCCCAAUUCAGGUAAUGUGGGGGGAGUGGAGGCUACUCCAGUCUUCCCCAGGGACCGGGAGGAACAGAGCAGCACCCUUUAACCAUGCUGGGGAAAGCAAAGGGAGGAGGAGAUGUGGCAGCUGCAAGCUGGAACACCCAUGUUCUCCCCUCGUUUCCCAGAAAUUUGCAAUGGUAAAAAUGAAUGCUUGUCCAUAGUCUUGCUUAUUCAAACUGUGGCUGAUACCAGAAAAUACAUGACAUUAAUACCUCUUACUGCAAGUCGCAGGGUGCAGUCAAUAAAACAGGUACUAGUUGUAGAUAACAGUAGUCUGUUCAUAUUUCCACACUUCAGCAUUUAUGCAGUUUUAUUACUGUUGCUUUCUACCUCUUCAGGAGCAGUUUAAAUUGUUCUAGAUGCAGUAAUGUUGCAAGUCACUUUUGCCUAGAGGAGAAUGCAAAGCAUCAUUUGUUGAUAUUUUUUUGGCUUUGAGGAAAUAGGUUUCCUGGUACGAAAUCCUUCCGAGUUUCUUUUUCUAAGAUAGUUACUGGGAACACUAAGUUAGCCCUGUGAGUUUUUUAAAUGUAACAUCCAGUUAUUUUCAGUGAGAAACUACAGAGACGAUGAAGAGUUAAUUGUAGAUAAAUAUUUAAGUCAGUUUAAUGAAACUGCUCACACUACAGCCUCCAGUAUUUGAAUAUGUUUGUAUUAAUCAGCAAGAGAAUUAGGGCAUAUUUUAUGCCCAGUGAACAGCAGUAAAUUAAUAAUCCUGUGUUUGUGUGCAUCCUUCUAAGCCAGAUACCUUCACAGAUUAUUUUAAAGUCUCUUCCUGCUUUUUAUAAAUAAAUAAAUACAGUAAAUUAAAUGGACUUAUUUAUUUUUUUAAAAGAUAUGCACUUUUUGGUGAUUAUCGGAAUCGUUUGAAGCAUCAGUAUUAUGUUUCACAAAGUCAUAAUCUGUGUGUUCACCUAAAUUUAAGUAGCAGAGACUGAUAUCCAAGAAGGAUACUGUCUUUUCCAAAAAUACACUUUUCCCUUUAAAAUAAGCACUAAAGUUUAGUUAGAACCAGGGCUGAAGGAAGUUUAACUAGAAAGAACAUGCUAUUUAGGGUAGGAUAUAACUUGGGAAAGACAAUUUUAUGCAACUGCAAAUGAGUGUACGAUAUCAAAACUGCCAUAACUGAUUAAGAUUUAGUUGGAAACCUCAAAAGUGUUAGGUUAUUGCAAGGGUUUAGGUUGUAGCCGUGUUGGUCUAAGGACAUAGGCAGACAAGGUUCCUUGGGUGAAUUUGAUGUCUUUUAUUAGACCAACCCACAUAGUUGGAGAAUA